AUGGCGAGCGUACGCGGGGAGGGCCAUCAAUGGGAGGAGGAUCACUGGCGCCGCCAGAUCCACCGCCGAGUGGACGCCACCUGUGAGGGGAGGAAUGCGCUGCCGGUUGGGAGGCCGGGGAAGGACGCGCUGCCCGUGGGAGGGUGUGCCGACAUGGCCGAUGGGGAGGGAACGACGCCGUGGCCGAUUGGGAGGGAGCGCAGCCAUGGCCGAUUGGGAGGUGGCGCCACUGCCGGCCCUGUGCGACGCCGCCAGUAA